UUAACAAGAGAGAAGCCAUAGAUUGACGUCUGAAGCCACCAAUAAUGUUUGCGAAAAAGAAUAAUAUUUAUCUCUCACUUCUCGUUGAUGGCGACUGUUUUGUCAGAUGAGCUAAAGAAGCAUUAUAACAUGGUGUGGGAAGUUAAGAGUCCUCUGAGCAGCAGCAGUACUAUGUUGGAUAUCACAGGGCCAGAGGCAAGUAGAGACCAGGGAUUGGUCCUGCUCCAGUGUGAAGAACAGCUGCCCUCCUCCCCCGGAUGCCCCACCAGUGACAGCCACAUGGAAUACGAUGACCUCCCGGAGCUGGAGGAGGUGGAGGAGGACCAGACAGCCGCCGUUGUGUUUCAGGUGGGGGCGAGGGUGUCCCAUCAGGAACGUGACGGACACCCACACACUCACACGGCCGGGCCCCCGGACACACACUGGCUCACACAGCUAGCUCACAUUGCCACGGGCCCCCAGAGUCCCUUGCUACAGGGCUCCACUCAGGUCGUCAGUUCAACUCCCAUCCACAUCUUUGGCACCAGUAGUAACCUCCAUUCCUACGCCCGGCCUGCCCACACCCGGCCUCCCCUGACCUCCAGCAGCCUGCCCUCUGGAGGCCAACACAGGGAGUGCAGCAGGCGUGUCAGGGUCAGUAGUGAGUGUGAGUCUGCUGUGUACUGUCACUCCUCUGUGUCUGAUGACGAGGACAUGGGCUGGAGCCACUCUUGGCCACCUACUGCCUGGCACUGCUUCCUCAAAGGCACUCGUCUGCAGUUCCAUAAGGGUUCUAGUGUGGAGUGGCAGGAUGCUGAGAAACUGGUGUCGGACGAAGACUUAGACGAUGAGACAGAGGCUAUAUCCCACCCCCUGAAGGGCUAUGGUCGUGAGGGCCUGAGGCUGGUGUGCCACACAGAGAGCCGGGCGUUUGGCCAGUCCGUCCUCAAGCUGACCUUUGACCCAGGUGCCUGUGGGGAGUGGAUUCUGUCCGCUGAGUGUCAGCUGGACCACCCGUUCUAUGUCAGAAACAAAGGCUGGUCGUCGUUCUACCCCAGUCUGACUGUGGUGCAGUAUGGGAUCCCGUGCUAUGAGGUGAUGGUGGGUGACGUGUGUCUGCCUCCUGGACACAGAGAUGCCGUCCACACUGACGACUCCUUGGUGUUCGACACGUUCAGGAGUUAUGACUUCACUCCCCUGGACUCGUCGGCGGUGUACGUUCUGAGCAGCAUGGCCCGGCAGCGUAGGGCCUCCCAGUCCGGCGGGGGCGCCGUCAGCCCCGACCAAGACACACACCGCAACAAGCCAAUUAAGAGCCAGCGGGACUCAGGAGCAGCCGGGGUGGCUUCGCCCACGAAGUGCAAGCGGCCAAUGAAUGCAUUCAUGCUAUUCGCAAAGAAGUUCAGGUUGGAGUACACCCAGAUGUACCCUGGGAAGGACAACAGAGCGAUCAGUGUAAUCCUGGGAGAGAAGUGGAAGAAGAUGCGAGGAGAGGAGAGGAGGAUGUACACCAUGGAGGCCAAGGCCCUGGCUGAUGAGCAGAAGAGACUCAACCCUGACUGCUGGAAACGCAAGAGAACCAACUCAGGUUCCCAGGGGAACUAAGAGACGCAGACACACGAGAGAGGGAUGAGGCAGAUGACAGGAGAAAAGAGAGGGAGGCGAUGGAGGCGACUUGGAAGAGGGGUGUAUGGGGGGGAGGCAGUACACGGAAGACACAUGCGCGCGCACAUACACACACACACUUCAGAUGCGUAUAUAGAUGUACAGUUGAAGUCUGGAGUUUACAUACACCUUUGCCAAAUAAACUUACGACUUCAACUGUACAUACACUUAGGUUGGAGUCAUUAAAACUCGUUUUUCAACCACUCCACAAAUUUCUUGUUAACAAACUAUAGUUUUGACAAGUUGGUUAGGACAUCUACUUUGUGCAUGACACAAGUAAUUGUUCCAACAAUUGUUUACAGACAGAUUAUUUCACUUAUAAUUCACUGUAUCACAAUUCCAGUGGGUCAGAAGUUUACAUAAACUAAGUUGACUGUGCCUUUAAACAGCUUGGAAAAUUCCAGAAAAUUAUGUCAUGGCUUUAGAAGCUUCUGAUAGGCUAAUUGAUAUCAUUUGAGUCAAUUGGAGGUGUACCUGUGGAUGUAUUUCAAGGCCUACCUUCAAACGCAGAGGCACUGAGUUUAGUGUAUGUAAACUUCUGACUUCUGUGAUACAGUGAAUUAUACAGUGAAUUAUAAGUGAAAUAAUCUGUCUGUAAACAAUUGUUGAAAAAAUGACUUGUGUCAUGCACAAAGAUGUCCUAACCGACUUGCCAAAACUAUAGUUUAACAAGACAUUUGUGGAUCGGUUAAUGAACAAGUUUUCGUGACUCCAACCUAAGUGUAUGUAAACUUCCGACUCCAACUGUAUAUAUAAUAUACUAACUGUGCUUGAACAUAAGAUAUAUUUUUUAUGUCCGACUUGCCUUAAUCUUCCAAAGCAAGAAUGUAUUAUUUUUUAAAUCAUUUUUGAUUCAUUUCAGGUCAUUUCAUACCUUAUAGCUUGAAGAACAUGAGCCCCUGUGGUGCUGUAGAGUAGGGAAAGGAGAGGUGAAAACAACAUGUCUAUUUUUCAACCAGAGAUGAGUCUCGGGAAUUUAAAAAUGCUUCCGAUUAUGCCUAUAUUUGUAUAACUUUAUAUGUUAUUGCUAUUUUAUUUUAUUCUUACUAUUUUCACUUUGUACAUGCAGAGGGGAAGGGAGAGAGGGGUGGGUGGGAUAUGUGCUUAAACUUGAUUCUGGCUGUAUUCCAAAUGGACACCUACCCCUUAGGCACUUAAAAGGAAAACCACACUCAAAAACAAUCUUUUGGUGUUUGUUACAUUAGUCCACUGUUGAUACCAAAAUGUUAGCAUGUCAGCGGUUUUCAAGAUGCUGGACUUUCAAGAAGCAAAGUGUCACUUGCCACAUCAUAGUUUUUGAGUGGAUGUUUCCUUUAAUGUAGAUCUUAUCUAGUCUUCUCAUAUCGACACUAGUGUCCAGUGGUUAGGGGUUGGUUUGGACCUGGGCAUAUCUUACCCAGGUCAAGUGCACUGGGUGUGUGACAAACGACUAGGCCAUAUGUUAUAUUAUAAUGAUGUUAACAUACCUAUGGGACGGACAUGCAUACUCUCACUGCAAUUAUGCACUAUAUACACUGCAUCUUCUGUACGGCGGACAUGUGUUGUGUACAUCAAUAUGUAACGAAUAAUUCAAGUACAACUACGCGCAAGUGUAAUUUCGGACUCAAUCUCAGUUUAACUAUCAAGAUUGUGAAAUUGAUUUGAUUAAGUUUAUUUAUUUGUCUUCACCAAUAAUGUACAGGUCCUCCUGAAACUUGUACCCACAACGCUCUUGUAUUAUAGUAUAAAUAAAAGCAUGGAUCUGAA